AGUUAUGUGAACCAUAACCAUUUUCGAGCCAUUUCUGGUGACGGACGAAUGUGGAAGACGGCAUUUAUUUGUUUGGCAAAAUAAAUCAAGCUUUUCUAUCUGUAAACUGAUCAAUAAUGACUGAAAAUCUACAUUAAACUUGUGCGUUUGUUUAUUGCCUCAAUUCCUCAUCACUUAUCAGAUCAUGGAGACGAUGCUAUUUUUUGGCGUCGUGCUUAUUGGAUGUUUUACAAUAUGCAGCGGAUCAGUUUCAAGCACAUCGCGAUUUUGUGUGAUCGCAAAUCGAGUCGGGAGCAGUGGGGUUGGGCGCCAACGCCUGCUUGCUUUCAGAUCAAAUGCUGCAGCUUCUCCAGUUUCCGUGGAAGUGAGCUACGGAGAUGUGGACCCCUCCGCGGCUGGUUGGAGCCCCUGGAAGACUAUUGGAGCUCCGUUGGCCAGUCCGCCGCUCUCCAAUCCUGUGUGUGAAAUGACAGAACAAAAUCAAACCCAGAUCUUUGUGCAAGCAUCUGAUGGGCAGGUCUACUCGGUGAUUCAAGAUACCAUCAAUUUUUUGAACUUCUCUUCGUGGAAGAAAGUCGGUUCCAACUCCAUCCCGACCAGCUUGAAAAAUCGAUCAUUGCUCGUCGAUUCCGUAUCUGCAGUCUGGUAUCACAAGGAACGUAUGAUAUUUGCUCGCUCUAUCAGUACUUCUUCAAUGCUGUAUUGGUGUAAAGGCACUCCAACCAACUGUACUUGGGGUCUUGUAUCCGGUACUACGCUCCUUGGAACAGACGCUACGCUGAUCAAGAAUCCUUUCACGGCCAAGUACGAAGGAUUCAUGAUAUCUCAAAAAGGGAGGAUAUACCGGACAUGGCAGCACGCCAGUGGCAACAGCUUUGCAGGCUGGAAAGAAAUGGCUUCUGCACCUCACUUCUCUGUUGUCUCCAGACCUGUCGCUCAAGUAAUGGGCUACAACGGUUUUAACGGCAAGAUCAUGGUAGGGGGGAUCGGAGUGGACAACUUCGUACACAGGUGCCUCCAGCUUACCUGUGACACAGUGGAUAAUCCUUGGAGUUACUGCACGUGGGGAAACUGGCAUCAGACUGGGGGGGAAAUUCCAUUUGACAAUGGAGGGAUGCACAACAACUUGGUCAUGAGCAGGAAUGUACACUUUGGAGUCGAGAUCUUUGCAGUCCACGAAACAAAUGGGCAAUUAUGGCAAACUUGGCAGCCAGCGAGAGAUACGUCCUGGAAUGUCUGGAGAAAAAUUCCACAAAACCUGACUGGAGCAGCGUUCACCAAUAACCCUUUCCUCCUCCUCAACGAAGCUGGCUGGUGGAUAGCAUAUGGUCUCAAUUACAAAAAUCAGGUUGUUCCGGUUGAGGCUUUACGUUCCAUGGACAUCAGUUCGAAGAAGGUAGCCUGGACCCAAAACCUGGUCGUGUCCUGGAUCAUCUCUAACGACCAGGCUUCCAAUAUGGACUGGAUUGGUGUCUACCCCAAGGGAGCAAACGACGAUCAGUACCUAGACUACAGGUAUGUCCAGGGUGGCCUGAAUCCUGGAAAGAGCGCAGUGUACAUAGGGAAUGUGUCCAUUUCCUCAUUCGUUCCCAAUGGGGCUUAUCAGGUUCGCUACCUGGUGAACAGUCAAUUCAUCAGCAUUAUGGAAAUGGAUGUGACCUUCUACAACGAAUCCGGCGAGUCACAUAUGUUGCAACUUUUCCGAGGUAUAUACACCGGUCUGGAGGCUUCUACGGAUAACAUUGAUGCAUGUAUAAAUGAGGGUCUAGAGACCAUAGAGAUGUUUGAGGAGUGCUUCCAUGCGUUCAAGAUGGGAAAGGUAUUCCAAGGUCUACAACUUCUCGGCACAGCCCUUGAAGAUGUUGCCCAGACUCUGACAAAAUGUAAUCUUAUUUCGAUCGCUAAGAAACUCCUAGGCUAUAUCACAGAUCUCUUGGAGUGCAUGGAGGGUAAUUGUGUUAAGUUCGUCAUCGACGUUAUAGAGGAGCUUCGGAUUCUGUAUUUGAAUAGGUAUGAAAUAUACGGGGAUAUCAGGGGUGCCGAAAAUAGCUUUAAGCAAAAAGCUUAUCAGCAAGGAGGACUUUGUAUCGGAAGAUUUGUCAAGGCUUGCUUUCUGGUACACGACUCCCUGAUGUCUAAUGGUAGUUGGGGGGAAGUUAAACUGAAUGGCACCAUUAGUGGAGAAGGGGUAAAGAUGAUUAGGACCGGUAGAAUGAAUGGGGUGACUGGCACUAAGGCUGGUAGCAAGGAGGUUGUGAAGAUGACUGGGAACAAUAGUAGGAAUGCUUUGAAGCUUAUUGCCAACGGUAGAAGUGAGAACAUGAAGCUGAUCGAAUCCGGUAGUAAGAUUGGGGUGAAGCUGAUUAAAACUGGUAGAAAGAAGGGUUAAAUUGAUUGAAAGUGGCAGAAAGGAAGGAGUGUGAUAGGUGUCAUUGUCGGACCUCUCAUAAGAUGAAAAUGAGAUGAAGU